CCCGAAGAGACCGGCUUUUGAAAUAUUCUCAUCUUACUGUCACUUUGUUAACAUUCACGCCUGGUGUCGUAUAUUAACUGUAGGAACCAAGGACCUCUAAUUAACUGUGAAAGAGGGAGGAGGCUGGCUUUCAGAAGGCGGAUGUGGAGCAACCACCGCAGACUUUCCACUAGCCACACCCACACAUGCUAGCCUCUUGACUCAGUAAAUCACUGUUAACUCCACAGAAAGGGCGCGUAGUUUCGGUUUCCGUUCUCAUUCUGACCCUUACUUAACUUGAUGGCUGUAACAAUCGGCUUGCUUUUCAGCUUCUAAAAAGAACAAUCUGUCUUUCCAAGAAGUCACCCAUAGGAGGAGGCCACAAGACUUUAGCGAGGGCAGCUGAAAUAUUGUCCCUGGUUCCCAGCGACUGCGCCAGAGCUUGCAUGAGGAGGAAUUGGUAUCCAUCUUGUUCACAGCUGAAUACUGAGCUCUAGAACAGUGCCCUGGCACAUGGUUACCAUGGCUUCCAGACCCAUCAUGACGGCUCCCAUUUGUUUGGUGGAAAACCAGAAAGAGCAGCUGACAGUGAAUCCAAAAGCAUUAAAGAUUCUUAAUGAAAUUUAUCAGCCUGUUGUGGUGGUAGCCGUUGUAGGUCUGUAUCGUACAGGAAAAUCCUACCUGAUGAACCGUCUGGCAGGACAGAACCACGGCUUCCGUCUGGGCUCCACAGUGAGGUCUGAAACCAAGGGCAUCUGGAUGUGGUGUGUACCUCACCCCUCCAAACCCAGGCACAUCCUGGUCCUUCUGGACACUGAGGGCCUGGGCGAUGUGGAAAAGGCUGACCCUAAGAAUGACUCAUGGAUCUUUGCACUGGCUGUGCUUCUGAGCAGCACCUUUGUGUACAACAGCAUGUCCACCAUCAACCACCAGGCUCUGGAGCAGCUACACUAUGUGACUGAACUAACGGAGCUAAUCAGGGCAAAAUCCUCCUCCAGAUCUGAUGAAGUAGAGGAUUCCACUGAGUUUGUGAGUUUCUUUCCAGACUUUGUUUGGGCUGUUCGGGAUUUCAGCCUGGAGUUGAAGUUAGGUGAAUGCCCUAUCACCGAAGAUGAGUACCUGGAGAAUGCCUUGAAGUUGAUUCCAGGCAGGAAUCCUAAAAUCCAAAAUUCCAACUUGCCUAGAGAGUGUAUCAGGCAUUUCUUCCCAAAACGGAGGUGCUUUGUCUUUGACCGGCCUACAAGUGACAAAAAUCUCUUAGCCCAUGUUGAAGAACUGCCAGAAGAGCAGCUGGAUUGUAAUUUCCAGAUGCAAGCAAAGAACUUCUGUUCCUAUAUCUUCACCCACGCAAAGACCAAGACCCUGAGACAGGGAAUCAUUGUCACCGGGAACCGGCUGGGGACUCUGGUGGAGACCUAUGUGGAUGCCAUCAACAGUGGAGCAGUGCCUUGUUUGGAGAAUGCGGUAACAACUCUGGCCCAAAGGGAGAACUCGGCAGCUGUGCAGAAGGCAACCGACCACUACAGCAAGCAGAUGGCUCAGUGUCUAAGGCUCCCCACAGACACUCUCCAGGAGCUGCUGGAAGUGCAUGCAGUCUGUGAGAGGGAAGCUAUUACAAUCUUCAUGGAGCACUCCUUCAAGGAUGAAAAUCAGGAGUUCCAGAAACAGCUCAUGUGCACCAUAGAGAAAAAGAAGGAAGACUUUGUGCUGCAGAAUGAAGAAGCAUCUGAGAAAUACUGUCAGGCUGAGCUUAAGCAGAUUUCAGAGCCCCUAAUGGAAACUAUUUCGAGAGGAACUUUCUCUGUUCCUGGAGGACACAGUCUCUACUUAGAAGCAAAGAAAAAAGUUGAACAGGACUAUGAGCGACUGCCCAGGAAAGGAGUUAAGGCAAACGAGGUCCUCAAGAGCUUCCUGCAAUCACAGGUGGCAGUAGAGGAAUCCAUCCUGCAGUCAGACAGAGCCCUGACAGAUGGAGAGAAGGCCAUAGCAGCGGAGCGGGCCAAAACGGAGGCAGCUGAGAAGGAAAAGGAGCUGCUUAAACAGAAACAGGAGGAGCAACAGCAAAAGAUGGAGGCUCAAGAGAGGAGCUUCAAGAAAAACAUGGAGCAAUUGAAAGAGAAGAUGGAGAGAGAAAGAGAAAACCUUCUGCAAGAGCAGACAAUGAUGCUGGAGCAUAAAUUGAAGGUCCAAGAAGAACUGCUUAGAGAAGGAUUUGAAAAGAAAUCUGAGGAAUUAAAUAAAGAGAUAAAUCAACUAAAAGAAGAGAUUGAAACAAUUAACAAGAAACGCUCAGGAUUUUCACAGUUCCUUGAUGAAGCUGGCAAUGUGUUAUUAGUAGCACUACCUGGUGCUGGCAAACUAUUUGGGGCAGGGAUGAAACUUCUCAGCUCACAUAUUAAAUAGUUUGGAAUUCCUGUUAGGGAAAUUAUAAAAUGGGGCUUCUUUUGUUUUAAUAGCGUAAUACAGUGGCUUAUUAAAAAAAAAAAA